AUGAUUGAAUUGGUUUCUAAUUCUAACCAUGAUUGGUUAUCAUGUUAUAUAAUUAAACUUAUUAUCACUAGUCAAGAAGAAUUGGAUUUGGAAAUCAAUCAAUUCUUAACAACAACGAUUGUCAAUUCACAAUUAACAUUAUUAAUAAUACUCCACCAUGAAGAAGAAGAAGGGGAUAACGAUAGUAUUACCGAUUUACAACUUUUAAAUUAUUUACAAUUUGAAAUUUAUAAACAAAUAGGUAAUGAUAUAAUUGUAUCGAUUAUGACAAUAACUCAAGAUUCUAAUUUAUCGGUAAUGUUGUCGUCUCAAUUGAAACAAAUUGAUGAUAUAGUUAAAGAUAUUCUGAAAUUGGAUUUAUCUAUUGCUUUGGAUGUUGUAAAUGAAGAGAAAUUGAUAUUUUUAAUGUUGAAUAUACCUAAUUUAUUACCAUAUUUAGAAGAGCAACAAGGAUAUGAUGAAAUUUCUAUUGAAGAACUUUUUGAAAAUUUCGUUAAACAUCAUAAUUCCAUCAAAAAAAUCAUGUUAUCAAAUGAACUAAAAGAAUAUACGUAG